UUAGCUAGGAUGCACAAACAAACGCAGAAUAGCCGUUACACUUGAAACUUCCGAGUAGUAGUACAACAAUUAUUCUUCGAUGCAACACAUUUUCGACAAUUUAGAUCGAUUGCCCUGCCAGUCAUUUAAAAAAUAGCGCACAUUCCAAUGUUUUGAUAACGUUGUCAUCCGUGUGGGUCUGUGCCGCCCGUGAACCCAGCGCGCCGUCACUUCAGGAGUAGUUGUGUACAGGAUCGUGAAAGCGACAUUAUCAGCGCUGUAUAAUGAUAUAACAGUCGGGCAGAACUUUAAAUUAGUGUACGAAUCUAUGCUUUAGCUUUCAGAAUGGAUGCUUCACCGUGGCCGAAGGGAAAGAAGUUGGUGCAUCUGGAUUUGAAAGGUGCCCCUCCUAGAAUAGAGUACUUGCACAAGCUGAUUGAGCUGUUUGCCAGUCUGGGUGCAGAUGGUCUACUGCUGGAGUAUGAGGACAUGUUUCCCUACAAGGGAAAGCUGAAGAUGCUACAAGCCACCUCCCACCCUCCAUACAGUCGAGAGGAGAUCCUGUCCAUCCAGGAUGUGGCCAGGUCCCAGGGGCUGGAGGUCAUUCCUCUGGUGCAGACGUUUGGACACAUGGAGUUUGUGUUGAAGCACCGCUCCCUGUGUGGGCUGAGGGAGGUGGGCCGCUGUCUGGGCACCCUGAACCCCCACCUGGAGGAGGGACGCAGGCUGGUGGAGGAGAUGCUGAGGCAGGUGGUGGACCUCCACCCAGGGCUGGGCUCCAUACACAUCGGGGCUGACGAGGUGUACCUGCUGGGCGAGGGGGCGGAGUCUCAGCAGUGGCUGGGCGGGGCUCCUGGACGCUCUGUGCAGCAGCUGUUCCUGGGUCAUGUGACCAGGGUGGCGAGGGGGGUGAAAGAGGCGUGGCCUCACCUGAACAUCAUCAUGUGGGACGACAUGCUGAGAGGGAUGGACCAGGAGACACUGAGGGACAGCGGUCUGGGGGGCUUAGUGCAGCCCAUGCUGUGGGACUACAGUCCAGCUCUGGAUGUGGAGGCCACUAUGUCUCUGCUGGAGAAGUACCAGGCGUCUGGCCUGGCUCACCUGUGGGCCGCCAGCUCCUUCAAGGGCUCCACCUGCGUGCACACCUGUGUGCCCAGCACGCUCAGACACGUCCAGAACCACCUGCAGUGGCUGAAGGUGGCUAGCUCCUCCCCUGCUGGGGCUCACCUGCAGGGCAUCGCCCUCACUGGCUGGCAGAGGUACGACCACAUGUCUGUGCUGUGUGAGCUGCUUCCUGUGGGGCUGCCCUCCCUGGCCUCCUGCCUGCAGACCCUCCAUCACGGCCGCUUCUGCCCCGACGCCCAGGCCCGGGCCACGCACAGCCUGGGAACACACUCUGUGGAGGCGGAGGCCAUGACGGGGUCACCUGGAAGUGAAGCUCCUUCGUUUCCUGGCAGCAGACUGGCCGAACUGGUCGUGGAGCUAACGGCCUUGCUCGACUCCGAGGAGCUCCGCCAUUUUGAAAACAACAUGUAUGUACGUGGCUGGCUGUCUCCUCACCACCGGCAGAGGAGGAUGGUCAACCCUCUCAUCAUCCAGCAGAUCCAGGAUCAGGCCACGGCGUUGCUGGCUGUGGUGAUGGAGAAGGUGGAGGCCAUUAGGGAGGAGAUGGUGCUCCUCUACCCGGCCUCUACAGCUCAGGAGUGGGUGGAGCAGCAUGUGGAGCCAGUGAUGGCUCCUCUCCAGAGGGUGCUGGAGGCCACCAGGGUCUGUCUGGUAGAGAUGCUGCCCCACAACCCCUCUCCAUCUUUGGGGGACAGCCAGUAGUCAGGUCCCUCUCUGGCUCCUGUUCACUAACAGAACUGACAAGGUGAAAGGAUGGUGUGCGUCUAGGUGAAAUAUGUAAUAUGUUGAUUUGACUUCUGUCUUAACUUCACUGGAAUGUUAAAGUAAUGAAUGCAAAGUUAAUUAACACGUUUUAUUAAAAUAAAUGUAAACAAAUCAAAAA